AAACACAGAACAUCCGUACAUGUUACUAUCUGUGGAGUGGUGAAGAUAAUGCCAAGCACAGGUCUGAGAUCUGUCUCAGAAAACAACUGAAACAAUCUUAAAAUUAAAUUAAACAAGUGUCUUUUCUAAAGAGCUGAAAACAAAUCGAGUUGUUGAGCUCUUGAAACAAGUAUGGCCAAAUUGCUCGAAUCAAAAGUCGAUAUUUUACCUUGCCUUCAUCCAUUUUUAACCCUUUCUGUGCUGCAGGAAGACAGUGCAGGAACAUGUCCCGUCAUGUCAGAGCACUGCUUUACAGCUAGACUGCACCUCCACCAUAGACCACAGCAGAAGUCGUAGGGGGCGGGAGUUUCGGUGCAGAUCACCCUAACUUCAACUAAACAGACCAACUGCAAGGUGCUGCUGGGUGAGUCACCGUGGAAACAUUAAUGCCAUUGGCUCCUCAGAGGCAGCAACUGACUAUAGAGCUCGAAAUUGGGCGAAUCGUCACAAUGAACAGGAUUCCACAUGAAUGCCAUCGGGAGAGAUACGAAAGAAUUGAUUUUUAAACGCGAAGCCAAGAUGAUUGAGAAGGACUAUAACGCCACAUGGGUGCACCGGUAUGGAGAGCCAAUCCCCGCGGGGACCCUCACGUCCCUCUGGUCCCUGUCUGUGGCCAUCUUCUCCAUCGGUGGCAUGCUGUCCUCCUUCUGUGUGGGCUUCAUAUCUGAGUGGCUCGGCAGGAGGAAAGCCAUGCUCAUAAACAACCUGUUUGCCUUCAUCGGUGGAAGUCUGAUGGGGUUAUCCAAGCUCUGCCGCUCCUUUGAAAUGAUGAUCCUCGGACGCUUUGUCAUCGGUGCUUACUGUGGAUUGGCAUCAGGCUUGACACCGAUGUAUGUGGGGGAGAUAGCUCCUACAAGUCUGCGAGGAGCCCUGGGCACGCUGCACCAACUGGCUAUAGUCACUGGUAUUCUCAUAGCACAGGUCUUCGGUCUGGAGGCGUUACUGGGAAGUGAAGACUUGUGGCCAAUCCUGUUGAGUUUAACUGUUGUGCCGACUGUACUUCAGAUGGCACUCCUGCCUUUUUGUCCUGAGAGCCCACGAUUCCUCUACAUCGUCCGCUGCCAGGAGCACCACGCCAAGAGAGGCCUGAGGAGGUUGACGGGCAGGCAGGACGUGGGUGACAUGCUGGCAGAGAUGAAGGAGGAGAAGAGGAAGAUGGACAUGGAGAGGAAGGUGUCCAUCCUGGAGCUUUUUCGCUCUCCACUCUACCGCCAGCCCAUCUUCAUUUCCAUCCUGCUGCAGCUCUCUCAGCAGCUGUCUGGGAUCAAUGCAAUUUUCUACUACUCCACCAGUAUCUUCAUGAAGGCAGGAGUCCAGAGUCCAGUCUAUGCCACCAUAGGAGCAGGCGUGGUGAACUGUGCCUUCACUGUGGUCUCGCUCUUCCUGGUAGAGAGGAUGGGUCGACGGACGCUCCACAUGCUGGGACUUGGUGGGAUGUGCAUCUGUGCCGUCAUCAUGACCACGGCUCUUGUUUUAUUGGAAACUGUUCCAUGGAUGAGCUACAUCAGCAUGCUGGCAAUUUUUGGCUUUGUGGCCUUCUUUGAGAUCGGUCCAGGUCCGAUCCCCUGGUUCUUUGUAGCUGAGCUGUUCUCCCAGGGUCCAAGGCCGGCUGCCAUGGCUGUAGCUGGAUUUUCCAACUGGACGGCCAACUUCAUCAUUGGCAUGUGCUUCCAAUAUGUUGCUAGCCUUUGUGGGCCAUACGUCUUCCUGAUCUUCGCAGCACUCCUCCUCUUCUUCCUCAUCUUCACAUUCUUCCGGGUGCCGGAGACGCGUGGCAAGACCUUUGACCAGAUCGCAUCAAACUUCCACCAGCACUCGGCAGGAGGAAUGAUGGAUAUGGAUAUGGACAUGGACAUGGAUCUGGACAAGCCCAGCACAGAGCUGGACUACUUGGGGGAGGAAAGCAUCAACUGAAGAGUGAUGGAACAAAGUACAGCUUGGGAUGAAUUGUGUAUGUUGGCCUUACUCCAAACUGUUAUUUUUUUCUGAUGUAUAUUGAGGUCAAUGGUUGUAUUCAUAUAGAAUGUGGUGCCAAAGCAGUGUUAAAGGUGUGUUUUGCCCUUCGCUGGUACCACUGCAAUAUGAAGGUUAUGAAUUAAGCCUUGACUGAAGUCUAAAAACCUAUGGAUUUAGAGAUGACUACUGUAUUUCAAGAUGCACAUAAGAACAAAUAGUUUGGACUGUUGACUGCCAGUGUGGUUGGAUUUUAUUCCAUUGUGAUGCACUCAGUUGCAAUAUUGACAGACGGAGAUGGAGAGACUUUGGGAUUCCUGCACUUUAUCUACAAAGACAUGCAACAUUUUCUGAGUUUGGAGGUAAAAGAAGUCAUUAAGUAUGCUUGCCUAUUUUGUACAAAAGCUGGGAACACUCUAGAUGCGUAAAUCUACCUAAGUGACAGAUUUAAGUAAGAAACUCAAUGACUUUUACUAUGACACUUUAAGUACAGGAGCAUGGUGUUAGAGUUCAAAAAUCAAACAUUUGUUUCAGGUGUAAUGAAGCAAGGUUUAAAUCCUAAAACCUCUACACAUUAUACCGUAACUUGGGCUGGGUAUAUAGCAAAUAAUGGAAGCUGGCAUCAAAGGCUUGGUCAGUGGCAAUGUACAGCUGUUCAGGUUUAGACAACAUUUGUUUGGGAUGUUUGACUUCUCAACAAUACCCAACCAAAACAAUAAUGGUCAAUGGUGGCUGAGUAAUUUAGCUAGACUCUCUUGAAAAAGAAGAGAAGCUCAAAGGCUGAAUCCAAAUGUCUUGACUUAGAAGCUCUUGUGGACUUUGUGGGCCCAAGAAGUCUUUGAGUGUCGAGGGAUGUCCAAACCCACAAUUCAACCAGUCCACAACAGGCCUCAUGCAGACUUCCAGAAAGUCAGCUUAGGGUGCAGACUUCAAGAAUUUAACUAACCACGAAUCAUGGCAAUACAGACGUGACGUAGUUUGUCCAAUUGCUGAAUGGUGAUUCGCUUUAAACAUUUAGACAGCAUGACAACACGAAACAGACUCAAAGCCUGGUCAGCCCUGUGAUGAACUGGUGACCUAUCCUACCCCACCUGUCAUCUAAUGUCAGCUGGGAUUGUCUCCAGCCCCCUGCGACCCUGACAAGGAUAAGCAGUUAUGGAAAAUGUAUGAACUUAGGCUAGAACCUUGAGCCUCGCAUCCUUGCCCUAACGAUGAACCGUCGCAUUAAGUACGACUUAAGUAUGACUUUGUUCAUGUAGUGUGUCCCCAGCUUAAGCUAAGGCAAAGUGCUAUCACAAAGUAUUUAUCUGAUCAUGAGAAAGUCAUUGCACAACCUGCAGAAAUGCUACUUUUAAAGAAACAAGAUCUAUUUUACUACUUCAUGUAUAUAUAGUGUGUUAUUUGGUUAUUGAUGGUAUGAGGGUCUAAACGUUUCAAUUCUUUAUGCACUCCAACAGGUGUUAGAUUUUGUAAACUGAAGCCCGAUACACUAGACUAGAGCAAGAUGUGCAAUCAAAAGGGCUGUUUGUAACAAGUAGCUCGGCUUGUUGAUUUUUUUAUUUUAAAUCACAACCAUCAUGUUUGUGUAUUUUUCCUUGGCAUCUGUCAUGUGUGUUUGCUGUCCAUUCAUUUAUGGUGUGUAUCACUACCUUCUGAGGAUUUGUAUUGUUCAGAGAGGACCUUUAACUUGUAUAGUGAAUAUUUUUCACUGUGGUCAUGUUGUUACUAAAAAAGGAUGCAAGUACUGUAAAUAAUGUUAGUGAAAUCUGAUUAAUUUCUAACCAGUACUAGAAAUUGUGUUGAAUAUGAAGUAAAUGCAUUUUUAAAAACACAAUCAUUGAGACAUUAACAAGGACUGAAUCCUGAGAUUUGCAAACAUGAUUUAUUAAUUAACAUUUUAAGUACUGACAUUGCACAUAAUCCCCUCCAAAGAAAAGCACACACAAACAAAAACAAAAAAAAGAAGUUUCUUUUCAAUCUAUCCUCAACUGAGGAGAUGAAGGGAGUAGUAUGUUUUAAGGAUUGACUGAGGUGGUAACAGAACUAAAGUGACUCCCAUAAUGCACCACCAACCUCACACCUGCUUGGUAUUCCCCUCUUCAACCAAAUUAAAAAAAGUUAAAUAAAAAUCAAGGCUGGUCCCUCUAAACUACUUGAUGUUUCUCAUCUAAGCAAUUAAAGAAAAUCUGUUUUUUAAGGGGGGUUGGAAUAACUGGGCUACCAAGCAUAUCGUCCAUUCUUUCCCUUUUUUUAAAGAUGUACUUUCAAUUUUUCUAAAUAUGCACCCGCCAGUCACCUGCAUCCUCUUCUUCUCUACCUCAUCCCUCUCCUCGAGCAUUGUGGGUCUAAAGCCAGGACAACAAGAUGAGAGGGGAGAGGCAUGAAGGAUGAUAGUGAGACUGGGAGGGUUGGAGGAUGGGGGAGUGCAGGGAGGGGAGAGUAGUGCAUGUGUUCUGAAAUAAGUCCAGUCCUCCAACCCUAGGACCUAUGAAAACAAAAUAGGGAAAACACAAGAGACACAGGGAUUGAGAGAGAAAGACAGAGACAUGAAACACACAAGAGAUCUAAUCCCGAAACAAGGAUAAUCUGAAAUCUGAGCUUUCACCUAAAAUUAUCUCCUGUGUUUAACAAAAAGACUUAAAAGAUUGUGCAUAAAAAAAAA